AUGCAUGCUUAUAUCGCACAUCGUGUGAAUGAAUCACUCCUGAUCACAGUGUAUUCAAUCACACCCAUGAUGGUGGUGAAUCCUCAUCUCAAGUUACUUCUCAUUUGUCUGCGUCGACAUCAUGUUCAUCAGAAAUUGGUCUGGCGUCGGGAUUCGUUUGUGCGUCUGUUGCUGGACAUGGUCGAGGGAACUGAUAUGAACAAUGAGCACGGUCAAAAGCAUAUUGAAGAUAUGCGAUCCAAGAUCGAGGACCUGAAUCGUCUGAUCUCCACUGUCAAACACUCAGCCAAGCUAUCCGAAUCUAAUGUCACCGCAUCACUCACUGGUGACAAUGAGGGCAUCUCAUUGUCCAAGCAAGACCUACCUAAAUUCCAACUUCGUUCGCAUGCCACCAAGUACUUUCCCAACGAAAUCUCCUAUGAUUCGAUUCACCAUUUUCUGCGCUCCUUUGAGAAGGUAAUUUCGUCUUCAGGCAAGGCUGUCAAAAAUGUAUGGCGGCGAUACAUUCCACUCACGAUUCCAUACGACCUUGAUCUCUGGUUGAAUCAAGACCUGCUGACAGCAAAGUCGUGGUCCAUGGCUAAGGAAAAAUUCACGUCCAAGUUCAGUAAUGCUGCUCUACGCUUGGAUGCUCGUCGUGAAGUUCAAACCGCUACCAUGCGAUCUGGAGAAACUACGGAGGAGUACUACAACCGCUUCGCUCGGGCUAUGAUGGAGGCAGGCUACUUUUCUGAAGAUACCACCCUUGGUGAUACGUUCUUGCUUGGUUUCCCUAAUGAAUGGCAAAUCCAAAUCAACGCCGUUCUUGGUGUUCACUUUCCUGGAUGUUCUAACUUCACCGCCAGCCAGACUGUUACCUGUGCCAUGAACGUCCUCAACAGUCAAAAGUGUCCUGUUUCGUCUGUCAACGCAAAGAGACAUGGUGGUUCUCGUGCUUCGUCCUCCUCAUCCGGUUCAUCUGGAUUCUCUUCCUCUACUGCUGCUUCUUCUUCUGCUCCUCGUUACUACUGCUCAAACCAUGGAGGCUCUCAGGCCAGACAUCACGAGAAGGACUGUCGUCUGAACAAAGGUGGUUCUUCAUCAAGACGUGUAGUUGAAAAUGCAAACGUACCCAAGAAGGCCAGCGGAAACACUUUCUGCAAGUGA